AUUCUCAGUAUGGCUUUCCCUUUUCGUGGCGUAAAUUGUGCCCUUCAACUAAUCAUCACUAUUUUAGAAUUCAUUGCCCUCGACUUUUUGUGCUUUGAGGUAAUAUACACACAUUGUGUUCUGGGCGGUGAAUAUGGCGCAUCGGUUUUUCUUCAAUUGUAUCUGCUACCAGCUAUUUUCUUUCAGUCGCUGAUUUUAGCACUUUUUCGUGUUUGCUGUGGAACCGUCGGCCUUGAUCCAAUUGCUGUUAUAUUCAAUUUGUCCAGCGGCAUAAUUUGCACAAUCACCUCUAUUAUGCUGCUUAUAGCGAUGAUCGGUCAUUGUGGAAACGAUAAAGCUUAUAGGUUUUACACAACCGGUAUUUGUGGACUGAUAGCAGGAGUUCUGCACUUGAUAAACGCUAUAGUGUGCAACAUAUAUAUGCCUCGCGGCGAGGAGUAUCAUUUAAAACCAUCAAAGACCUCGAGAUAUCAUAAAACAAGGGCUGCAGCUUUAGGUAUUGUGUAAAUUAUACUUUGUGACAUGUUAGUGUAGGAUAAACAGUUUGAACACUUUUCGAAUAAACAAAAUUUUAGCAUUGCAUUCAAUGCUUUCAGAUUCAAA